CUCAACGCCGGGGCAUUGGUGACAGCGCUGAGGGGCCCCCACUGCCCCGUCAUGGCAUCUGCUCUCACCGUCCUCCUCCUCGGCUGCUGGCUGGCCGGGCACAGCGGGGUGUGGGGAGGGAGUGAAUUUCUCAAACCCACCAUCUGGGUGAGCCCCAGCAGGGUGGUGGCCCUCGGGGGAAAUGUCACCAUCCGCUGUGAGGGUCGGCAACGAUCCAUGGAGUUCUUUCUGCGUAAAGCUGGACACCCGAACCAGCAGGUGCGGACGAUGCCUAAUGGGACCGUGGCUGAAUUUCCCAUCACCAGUGUUGGCCAGGAAGAUGGAGGGAGCUACACCUGCGACUAUCGCUCCAUAGUGGAUCAGAGUCACUCAUCACAUCACAGCAACCCCGUCGAGAUCAUUGUGGGAGAGCCCAGCUACCCCAAACCCAACAUCUCCGUGAGCCUGGGGGGAACUGUGGUCGUCCGGUGUUGGGGGCAGCACCAGGACGUGCGAUUUGUGCUGAAUAAAGAGCGACGCCAUUUCCCACCUGUGGAUUCGGACGGGUUUGAGGCUGUGUUCUCCAGCAGCAACGUUCACCGGGAUCUUGGCGGGAGCUACAGCUGCUCCUAUCACAGCAAAUCGGAGCCGUUCGCCGUGUCGUACCCCAGCGACCCCGUGGAGCUGGUGGUGAGAGAUCCCAGCUUACCCAGACCCUCCAUCUCUCUGAGCCCCACUGGGGUCACCGCCCCAGGGGCAGACGUCACCAUCCGGUGUCAGGGGCAGCGCCGGGACAUGAGGUUCUUCCUGCACAAGACUGGAGACCUGAACCCCCAGCGACACAUGGACCCUGCUGGGGCCAGGGCCGAGUUCCGCAUCCCCAGCGUGAGCCGGCAGCAUGGAGGGAGCUACAGCUGCAGCUACCGGCCCCGAUCGGAGCCCUUCGUCUCCUCGCAGCCCAGCGACACCGUGGAGCUGGUGGUAGCAGAGGGAACUGACCCAACCCAGCCUGGAGCGGCGCCGGCUCCCACCCGCCCGGGCAGCGCGGGGCCAGGUGGAUCGGAAUCGCCGGCACUUCCGGGUCUGGCCAGCCCCAUCAUCACCGGGGACUCACCUGGACCCUCAGAAGAUGCUGGUUCUAUUCCCGCAAUGGGAACCGACCUGACCCAGCCUGGAGUGGCGCCGGCUCCCACCCUCCCGGGUAGCACGGGACCAGGUGGAUCGGAAUCGCCGGCACCU